UACUACUUCCUUCACAUGCCAUAACACUUAAUUGGUUAUUUUGUGCGGCCUAUGAUGGCGGGCCAACUUGUGCCUAUAUUUUCAAAAAAGUAAACUUCAGCUUAUUAUUUUGUUUUUGUUUUGUGUGUUCCUUUCGGCAAAAGGAUUCUCUUUAUCGUCAUUUGUGUUUAUAUAUAAACGACAACCAGACAUCGCGACAAAAGCCCCCACGGAGGCAGCAAAUAAGGCAAAAUACCACAACUUAAAGGCUCUAUGAUGGAAUUUCCAAUUUCCUGGCAAAUAGUGUUCUUGAAAUUUUCGCUUUGUGUGGACUUAAGUUGCAUACGGUGCUGAGACGAAACACCGCUAAGAAGGAUUAUUUUCUGUGAAGUGACACCGAGUGAAUAUACAAGUCGAAGAAGAUUUCUGACCAUAUUCGGACUUUGAUUUUAAUGUUCUCCCUUGUGGGGAAUAGAUAAUGAAUGGUGUGAAAACACAGCCUCUUGUGGAACUGAAAAGGCAGCAAUGGGCUAAGGAAAGGGAAGAACUGGCUCGAAUGAACGAAAUGUUCUCUUCGCAUCACCAUCAGUCUUCGUCGUCGUCACACCGAUUUGAGCGUACUUCGAUACGCACCUACUACUCCAACCUGGACUUGAGUCAGUCGAAUGCCGCCAGCAGUAGGCAAAUGAAUCCUGUUGGCAGUAGCAACCUGCUUCAACGCGGAAACAGCUAUGACCUGCUGAAUGAUGGCGAUGCCACGUACACUGUGCAUCGAAAUCCCCAGGCGACCAACCAUCAAAGUCGAUAUUCAAAUGGGCUGACGGUGAAUGGAGGGCCAUCGCAAAAGGUGAAACAGCAACGCAUCAGGAGUCCUAGUUUACCUGCGAUUCGUCAUAGGGACUAUGCCCUGGCAAUGCGUAGAAAUAAUAACAACCAAAAUAACAUUCAAAGUCGACUAAACAAUCCCGGUUGCCAGGAGGAGGACACGUCGGGAUAUCUCAGUGAUUCCCCGAAAAACACCCACACUCCGGAUAUCUGGUACAACAACAACGACGACGACAACGUCGAUGGCCAUGGGAAUGAUAUCGAAACGGCAAGUAAUCGAUCCAGGCAAAACAACAAACGGGGUUAUUAUCAGCAGCCAAACAACAACGGGAACAAUAACUACCAUGGUAAUAAAGGAUACCUAGUGAGGAGCGAAAAAGUCCCAGAAAAUGUGAACAACGCCCUUGAGGCGAGCCAUGUCCUGGACAAUGGGGGCUAUCAGCCAAACUAUUAUAUUCCGCCAACGAGUCCUUCCAAUGCCAGUAGGGAUAUCUCAACAUCCAAUACAUAUCCAGUGUACCCGACGGAACCUCUGGAGUAUUACCCAAAAACUCGGGAGGAACGAGCGAAAUGGGGCAGCUACAAAUACAACAUGGCCGACAGUGGCAGCACAGCCAGUGGACCAGGAUGGCUGAGCCGGGGGCUUCACGAUUUGAAAGACAGCGAGGACGAUACCAAUUCAGUGCAGUCCCAUAUUCGGGGGCAGAAUGUCCCGCUAGACCCGUUGGUCCUGGCCGAGAGAAUGGACAAGCGUCGGAAGGCUGUAGAGUACCAUAACGCUAUCAAGCAGCAGCUUCAGGAGCGUGAACGUAUACGACAGUGGGAAAUGGAUAGGCACAUGCAAGAGGAACGUAUCGAAGAGGAACGCCUUGCCCGCCAGCGCCAAGUCGAAAAGGAGCGCUUGGAAUAUGAGCGUCACUUGCAGAUCGAGAAGGAAGAAGCUCAGAAGAAGAAACAGCAGAUUAUGUUGGAAGCAAUUACUAAGGCAGAGGUCGCGGCCAAGAUGGAAAAGCAACGCAAGCGACGGCAUAAAAUCCCGCCUCUUGAGGCAGCCAACAAUGGCAGCAGCAGCAGUAGCUUAGCAUACAGCAGUCCAAGUCGCAGUAGUGGUGUGAAAACUCUGGAAAACGAUUCUUCUACGAGUGGUACUAAUAUGAGAGGGGUUCAGCAUUUACCUGAGAAGAAGAUCAACAUGAUGGAACAACAUCAACACCAGCAACAACAAAGGAUUCCAGUGGAAACUCGUCAGUCUGAAAUAUUGCAAGUGCUUCCAAUCGAUGACGAUGAAGACGAACAAGCUAUUGGCCGAUAUCGGGAAGAGAAGGUAGCAGUUGAAGAACCAACUCGUGAUAUUCCUCCACCAGUGAUGAAUGUUCCUGCAGCAACCAGCUCUCCAAGGAAAUUCAAAGAAGAAGUAAAAUCCACAACUGUUGAGAAAAAGCUGCCCCAAGAGUUAGAAGAAGACGACGACAAGGAAGAAGAGAAAGUCCUAAUUGGAACUCCAAUUAACUUGCGCAAGAAUGUCAAGAAAAAGGUGGUCAAUCGUAUUGAAGCGAGCCAGGACAAUGAAAAUGUUGCUGUAAUGAUACAACCAACUACACUAAUUCCACUGCCAGUGACCACCGAUGUUUUUGGUCUCCAGAAUGUCAUUGGAAAUCUUCAGAUUGCAACAUACAUCAUGCAGCAUCAGUUAAAGGUCCCUCAAGGCGUAGAUGUAGGAAGCUCAAAAAUGUCAUGUGAUGAUGCGACUACUCAACGCUCGGAAAUGUCAACUACUGAGAGUAAGAUGACCCUAGCUGAUGAAAGUAUGUGCAUGUGUAACAUGUGUGGCAAAUGUCAUGAUAUGGAAUCCCACAGACAAAGGCACGAUACUGAUGUCUCCCCAGAAGACUCUCUAGAAAUUGAUCAACCAGCAGCUGUGCCAGUUGAAAUACCAAUACCAGCAGCAGAAGAAAAUCCUCCAUCAGGACAAGAAGUAGCUUUGCUAGACGGCAAGCAAGGAUCUAGUCCAGUAGGGGGCCUAACGGAUGACGAAGGUUUCAGAGAUGUUGAAACCCAAACGGAACUUCCACUGAAUUGCGACUUAUGUCUCUUCCACGACAAUUUCUACAAAGUCCUACUCAAAAGGGAAGUCUCCACCACAACUACAACACAAACUUCGAAAACCUCCAAAUCAAAGCCGUGUCAUGUUGAGAGCCCCACAGUUUCCGAGAAGGACCAUGAGACAACGACAACGACCACAACAACAACUACCACUACAUUUCGUGCUAAGGCCAAGGACAAAGACAAGGAUAAGGACAAAAAACGAAAGGAUAAAAUGGAUGCCAGACCCAAAUGGGGCGUAAACCGCCCAGUUGUUCAAUACGUUAAGGCCAGCGAUAGAGAUCCGUUUUGCCUACGAAACAAAAAACGUAACACAUCCAAGCCAAGUCGAAGUCAAUCCGUCGAUUCACGCUUAGACGUUGAGGAAGGAUUUCUGCUGAAAGCUCGUAACGUCUGCACCGAAAUACUGCCAAUUAAGACCGACGAGAAGGGUAGAAUUUUCUUGAACUUCCGUGAAGCCAGUGCCAUUAUGAAUGAAGAUGAAAUCAAAGAUAAAUUAAGGCAGAAAUAUUUUAGUUUUGGUAGAAUUUUACCAAGACGCAACUGGGCUUCAGCAACGAAUCAUGAUCUGAGCUUAAUGCAUCCUAGUGUUGACCUAGAAAUGGCUUGAGUUGCUGAUUUAGAUAAAAAAAAUAUGACAGGAGUUCUUAAACUAUAAUCAACACUUCUUAUGAUUUUUAGAAAAUAAUUUUCUACAUUUAUACUUUAAAGUAACCAAAUUUAAAAAAAGAACAAAAACUUAAAAACUUACCUAAUGUUUAUGUAGUUAUAAAAUAUUGAAAUAAUGUCGAAUAAAUUAUACAUUUUUAUUGCACUC